ACGUAGACAAACUGGUGCUGAAUCGUCAACAUGGCUACCGGUGUCUGAGCUUUUUCUGGUUUAUCUUACUAAAUGAAUAGAACAUUUAACUAAAGAAUUAUUUUGACAACACAGCCAAUGAAAUAUAGCACUUACGCAAAUCGAGCAUUUUUGUAAGUAACUGAUAUAGCAAGGAGAAAUGGCUAGUCCAAGGACCAGGCGAGUGCUGAAAGAAGUGAGAACAAACGAUGGGAACAACAUUUGUUUCGAAUGUGGUGCAUUCAAUCCGCAAUGGGUGAGCGUGACCUAUGGGAUAUGGAUAUGCCUGGAGUGCUCUGGGAAACAUCGUGGCCUUGGAGUUCAUCUCAGCUUUGUUCGCUCUGUGUCCAUGGACAAAUGGAAGGACAUAGAGCUCGAGAAGAUGAAAGCUGGGGGCAAUGAGAAAUUCCGGCUCUUUCUGGAGCUGCAGGAUGAUUACGAUUCCAACUGGAACAUGCAGGACAAGUACAACAGCAAAGCUGCAGCCCUGUUCAGAGACAAGGUUGCCACUCUUGCAGAUGGAAAGGAAUGGUCCAUUGAAGAUAGCACUGCUAAAAACUGGACACCACCACAAUCCAAGAUGGGACUGUCUUCCUCACACCGCAGCUCAGCUGGCCCGGGCCAGAACUCUGGCAACCCCUCGGACAAAGCCUUUGAGGACUGGCUGAGUGAUGAUGUCAACUCGUACCAAAGUGGAGGUGGUUAUAGUGGUGGCCAAGAUAAUCGCUAUGUUGGAUUUGGCAAUACAGUCGACCCCCCCAAGAAGGAUGAGGAUUUCCUGAAUAAUGCCAUGUCCUCAAUUUAUACGGGCUGGAGCAGUUUCACAGUUGGUGCGAGCAAAAUUGCAUCUGUUGCUAAGGACAAUACUGUGAAACUUGCCAACCAAGCAACUCUUAAGGCAACAGAGUUAGGCCAGACAUUAAAUGAGAAUGUUAUCAAACCGACCCAAGAAAAGGUAAAAGAGGGGAAGUUGCUUGAUGAAGUGACUGUGAGCCUCUCUGGGUUUGCUUCAAAGAUCCAGGGGGCAGGAGCUAAAGGCUGGAAGGACAUGUCACAGUUUCUCAGCGGCCAAACGGAGAACUCUGCCGAUGGGUCCCAGGGGGAGGGCUACCAGAACAUGGACUCGUCGGCGGGCUACCAGAACAGCGGUGGCGGCGAGGAGCACGAGGGCUGGGAGACCUUCGGCAGCAGCUCCAAGCCCAAGAAGUCCCCCAGCAGCGACAGCUGGACCGCCGCCGACAACUCGGCCGGCAAGAAGAGCUCCGACAGCUGGGACAACUGGGGCUCGGAGGGCCAGCAGUCCAACAACAAGCACAGCACCGGCGACAGCUGGGAGACCUGGGACACCAACUGGGAAAGUGCCGGCGGCAGCGACAGCAAGGCCAAGAAGAGCCCCGCCAAGCCGGUGGAGGAGUCCUGGGACAAUGCCGACUGGUAGAGUGGACGCCCCGACAGAGGGUCGUGUCGCCUUUGCUGUGAAGGUGGGCUGCAGUCACCUUGACAACCAUACCAAUUGUGUCAGAUGUGUGAAAAUGUAUUAUUUUGUUUGUUUGUUUUGUUUCCUUUUUUGGAAAUUCUGAGUAAUUUUUGAUGCCACAAAAGUGAAAGGUUAUUUUAGGAUAGUGUAAUCUGUUAAAGAACCUCCCGCCCCCCCAGUGUGUGCAGAUUGCCUUUCUGUAAUGAGACCGUUCGCUUUUCGCAAUUCGCCUUCACACUCCCAGAGGCACUGAUGGCAACGCACUGCAGGGUUAUAGUAGUUCCUUUUUAGUUCUCCCACAUGUCGGUGUUUCCUUUUAACACAGCAGACUGUGCUGGAGCCAGACUGCUGGUUUUUUGAUCAGCUUCACAGAAGACGGCAACAUGUGGACCAGUUUCUGCUUUAGCGUUUCAUGUAUUUGAAGUCUUCAGUGAACCUAUCUCACAUAUUUUUCUAAAGAUAUAUUUUUUUGUUCAUGUCCUGAAGUCAACUCUAUUUUCUUUUCUGAAAUAGGUUUUUUUAUUUUUUUUUAUUUUUGUGUUGUGACAGCUCCCAACCUUUCUCUGAUGAAUCCAAAUUGUAUCUGUAGUGUUGUGUAGUUGUUUUGAGCACGUUUGACGUUUUUCAUCCACAAUUUUGCACCAUCUCAUCAUAAGCCUCCUCUCUCUUUGAGAAAAAAAAAACAACAAAAAAACAAGUAAGGUUGCAGCCCCUGCAAAGACUGUAGAAGUCAUUUGAAGUAUGCUGCUGACUUCAAAGGAAACGAAGUAAACAAACUAGCAGCAUAAAAGAGGGGGGAAACGACAUGCAUCCCAUCCCUACAUGAUCCACCUGGUUCGACUUAAAAGUCUAUACCCACUGAAAACUCGCCCAGAGCCAUACUUGUUCAGUGGGUGUUGUGGACAACUCUUGUGUGUGUGUGUGUGUGUGUGUGUGUGUGCAUGUAUGUGUUGUAUAAUCUUGUGUUUAUAUAUAAAAUCUGUUGUUUUUGUUUUGUUUUUAACUGAUUUCCUCUUGAGCACCUGAGAUGCAGACAUACGGACCUCAGCCUACACUCUACCCUGUGACCGAUCGCAUGCGGCUUUGUGACCUCGGCAUUUUAACACCCAUGUCUAAUGUUAAUUCAAGGCAAUGCUGAGACUCUUCUCUGUGUCAGAUGACUUCUCAGAGUCAAUGGUACGUGUGUCUCCACUGUCUUUGUGCAGUCACACCGUGCUUUAUGUCUCAGGGUCUCGGUCUGAAGUGUCUAUGCAACAAGGCUUCCUUCAUGGACGAGGAAAGUCCUGGCUGGCAUGACGACCAGUAUUUACCCUUUGUGAUGAUUUGUGCAGUACAUGGAGAAGUCCUAUGAGAGAGAUGUUGCAUAUGUGAAAUGCCUUUUUGUCCCAUAUGUUGUUGUCAGUAUCUUCUACCUGCUCCUUCUCUUGGGGGGGAGAGGAGGAGACUGAAUAUGUUGAAAUAUUUGGAAAAGACUCACUGAAGGCAUCUUUUUGAGGCAGUGUUACCACAGCGUUUGUGGGGAUCCCUUACAAGUGUGAUUUUGUGGAUAUUUGUGCAAGCGGAUGGAUUGUGCAUCGCUAACUGCCAUCCUUUUUCUAAAGCACCACCUGUGGAAGCCCGUCCACUCCCAAGUGCAGCCUGGUUCUGUGUGUGUCGGAGGUGUCAGUGCAUGUUUUUACAGCCAUUAGAUCGAUGUUGUGUGUCUGUCGAAACGCAGGCCAGAAUCAACGUGACGUGCCCCUGAAUGUUUUCCUUCGUUGAUUCAGGUGUGUAGGUGAGGGGGUAGUAUGCGGUCGUCUGCAUGUUUCUAUCAUGAGCGUGAGACCGACACACUUUCUGGAAAUGCAUGCUUUUUCAAAACAAAACAACAAAAAAAGAUCAUUAAAUAAUGAAAAUGGAAUGAAUGUGGAAAAAUAGUGAGACACAUAAAAAACCUGGUGCAUUGUUUGGAGAAUACUGAAUACUGAAAUAUUGUGCAUCCUGUACCUGAGUUAAACUAUUUAAUGCAGUCUGUUAUACAGAGCCUUAAAGAGCUGCUGUUGAGAUACUUUGCAAAACAGAUAGCUUGGCUGUGUGUGUGUGUGAGUAUGUAUAUAUGUGUGUGUGUGUGUGUGUGUGUCUGUCUGUCUGUCUGUCUCGGUCUGUCUGUGUGUGUGAGUUUGUGAGUAUACCUGUAUGAGUGGAAGUAUGUUGCUUAUUUGCCAUGAAUGUUGGAUGGAGUCUAGAAAUUCUAUAUCUGAAGAAAUUACCAGUCAGUUGAUAAGAUGUUGAUAUGAUGUUUUAAUUUCCUCUCAUUCUCGAUAAUUUAAACAGUGCUGGUUCUUUUAUACUGUAUUUUUUAUUUUCUGAAGUAUAUCACAUAUUUAUAUACAAAUAGUUAAAGGAAAAUAACAUGGAUCAUGGUGGUGUAACCUUAAAACUACAGGUCUAUGUCUGGAAAGAUAUCAUUGAAUGCUUUAUUUUUCACUUUGUCUUUAUCAUGGAAAUCAAAAAAUAUUGUUGAUUUAAUUAACCCACUAAGUUUUUAAUAAACCAGCUGGGGUAUUGUAUGGUUUGUUGUUAACUUCAAACACGUAAUAUUUCUGUUUUCUGACAAUUCCAAGAUUAUUCACGUGCUCCCAUCAUUGUAAAUUUGUUCCAUUUAAAUAUCUUGAAACAAAUGCUAUUUUUCAAUGUAAACAUAAUGACGGAAAUAAUCGAAUAGCGCAUUUAAUAUUGUACCUAGGCUAUAUGUUUUAUGUUAAAGUGUUUGUGAUGGUGUGCCGCUGUAUUUGCGUUGUCAUUCAUACUGUCGCCAUCCCCACCACUCCCCCCAAAUAACAGCACGCUUUCUACGUGGUUAUAAACAAGGUGGAACUGAAUACAUGUUUUGGUGUGCAACUUUUCAUUCCUCAAAACCCUGUCUGAAAGUUGUGUUGUGCAAAGCUGGCUAAGAGCCUUUGCAGUGUGUCAUUGAAGUUCAUUGAUGGUAUGUCUUCUGAGAAAAUAAAGAAAUGUAUAUGAAUUAAA